UCUGUCUGCUGACUGCUCUAAUAAUUUUAUCGUCGGAUUACUGUUUCUUUCUCUCUCUCUCUCUCUAUAUAUAAGUUUCUAUAAUUCUCCGUCUACUACAUAUAGCUAGUACAUACCUGUAUUCAGUAUUCCUGUUCAUGUCCGUAUAUUUCUCAUGAAGAGAGAGCCAGAGAGGAGAGAGAGAGAGAGAGAGAGAGAAGAGAGAAGGAGACAUUUUUCCUGCUGCAUUGACGAAGGGAUUGACCAUCUGCAAUUUGCCAACAAGCUGAAGCAACCCCGGCAAUUGGGGUUUUCUUGGUAUUGAUUAUGUCUUCUUCUCAAAUGCCGGAGAAAGCUGCAAACUUUGCAUGGGUUUUAAGGUCAAACCCUAUAGUUCUUGGGUGGUUCAAGAUUCUGAUGGUGGCGACUUUUCUUGGAAUCUUGAUUGUUUGGCGGAUUGAUGGGUUUAACACCAACAUUUUCCAGAAGGAUUUUCUUGCCCUGAAGUCGAAAGAUACUGAAAUCUUGUCUCUGCAGGCUGAUUCGAAACUCACCCACCAAAGUUCAGGCAAAACCCAUGUAAAUCUUGACUCGAACUGUGCUCCUGAUCCAAUCAAUUUGGCUCAAUGCCAACCCAGUAAUGUCUCCAAUGCUAGCCCUCAAGUUCCAGAAAAUCUGACCAAGAACCAGGCUUCUGACAGCCCUUCUACUCCUAUUGUUCUGCCUUGGAUCUCGGCUGAGUUUGAGACAAACUACUCAUCCAAUCUGCUGGCUAGGUGGCUAACUCCAGGGGGUGAGCCGUGUAAGGAUUCAAGAACCGUGGAUAUCAGAGUUCCUGAUUUGGAUGGGAAUACUAACAUUGAAUUGUCCACUGGUGACGUCCAUGAGUUUGUUUUCCAGGCAUUGGAUGAUUCAGGGAUGCGGCAUUGUUUAGGAGGUGAUUAUUUCGAAACCGAUCUUUCUGGUGAGAAAUGGAAGGCUAGGCCUCCGAUCAGGGACCUGGGAAAUGGUACAUACACGUUUUCCCUUCAAGUGCAUCCUGAUUUUGCUGGGGACUACAAUUUGACUAUAAUCCUGUUAUUCCGGCAUUAUGAGGGGUUGAAAUUUUCCCCUGCAAGAUUUGCGUUUGAUCGGGUUCUUCGUGUGGUUCCGAUCAAAUUCCAUAAGUCUGCAUCCCAGUUGCCAGAAAUAAGACAAUGCAAGAAGUCUGAUUACUCUAAGGAUGUUUGGUCGGGUCGGUGGACUAGACAUGCUAGAAAUGAUAGUUGUCCAAUUAGUGAUGAUGGCAGAUACAGAUGCCAGGAGCCCAGUUUUCUGUGCCAGCAUCCGUGGUGCAACGGUCCAUUGGGCUUGCUGGAGAGCAACGGAUGGGUAUAUUCGACUCAUUGUUCGUUCAAAUUGUUCUCGGCUGAAGAAGCUUGGAAUUGUUUGAAGAAUCGCUGGAUUUUCUGGUGGGGAGAUUCAAACCAUUGUGAUACUAUCCGCAACAUCCUUAACUUCAUCUUGGAUGUGCAUGAUGUUCUCAUUGUUCCUAGAAUAUUUGAUAUGAACAUAACUAAUCCAAGAAAUCCAUCCCAAGUUGUAAGAUUUACCAGCAUUUUCAACGGUCAUCCAAAUGCUACUGGCAAUUAUCAGGGCUUGAAUUCAUUAAUAAAUCCAGAGUACCGACAGUUGUUGAAGGGGUAUUUUUCUCAAGAUGUAGUUCCAGACACUGUUAUCAUGAAUUCGGGUUUACACGAUGGUGUCUACUGGUCUAACAUUAGGAGUUUUGUCGGAGGAGCUGACUAUGCUGCUGCAUUUUGGGCUGAGGUGGUGGAAGAAGUGCGGAGAAGAGGGGUCGUACCGCCUGAAAUUAUAUAUAGAACCACUGUGGCAACGGGUGGCUAUGCUAGAAGUUUGGCAUUUAAUCCUCACAAGAUGGAGGCCUUCAACGGCGUAGUGUUGGAUAAGUUGAGGCAACAUGGGGUCCUUGAUAGAGUCAUUGACGACUUUGACAUGACCUAUCCAUGGCACUAUGACAACCGAUGCAACGACGGUGUCCAUUAUGGCCGUGCUCCAUUAAAGAUGAAGUGGAGGGACGGCCAAAUUGGACACCAGUACUUUGUCGACCUUAUGCUUGGUCAUGUAUUGUUGAACGCACUAUGUAUCAGAUAAGUAUGAAAAUCAAGACUGAAGAUUGUGCACUAGUGCUACUCUGUCAAUUUCAUCCAGGAGCAGAUUCACACAGAAAAGUUAGUCAGACUCAUUGUAUGACACGGUACAAAGGCAUUGGGGGACCUCUGCAAUGCAAGCUGGGAUAGUAAGAUCUUGAUAGAAACAAAGUCGGAUGCAUUCUGUAGGCCAGAGUGCAGAAACUAGUAGCAAAAUGUAUAGGACAUAUACUUUUUUGGUUGACUUCCUGUAUGAUUCUCUUUGAAUUGACAUUGGUAUGUAUCACGCAGCAAACUGCCAUGGUGGCUUACGCUUGUAGAAAAUUUACAACAGAUUUGUGAAAAUUCUUCAUUAUUUGACAAAUUUACCAUGAUCAAGUGACG